UCCAACAGGACACGGCAUCCUUCUUCUCCAAUCUUCCUGUCCCUCCCUGCAGAGCAAGUGCGAUCCCCUUCGCCUUCACCUUCACCUUCGGGAACUCUCGCUGCUCCGCCUCGCAUCGCACACGUUCCGUCGCUUCACUUCCCGUUUCCGCUCGUCCUCAACCAAUCCUCACCGCCGUCUUCUCCUCCAAAUCCACCGCAGCACACCCAAACCCACCCCCAACUCCCAUUCCCCGCCACGCGGGGCGAGAUCCCGAUGAGGCGCUCCACCAGCGCCGCCGCGACGCCGUCGCCGGCCCCGGCGGCGCCGACGAGCCCGAAGCCAGGCGCCACCAAGCGGCAGCGGAAGGCGGCGCCGCUCGGCGACGUCACCAACCUCCUCCUCCUCCGCCCCGAGACCCCGACCCCGAUCAAGCCUACAAGGACUGCACGCCGGCCCGUCCCCGCGUCGCCCUCCGACGCCUCCGCUGUCUCCUCCUCCUCCGCCUCGGUCACACCCGCGCUCAAGACGUCCGCCUCCGCGUCGCCCACGCCCGCGCCCGAGCCGCCGUCCUCCUCCGCCCCUGUCACGCCCGCGCCCCAACCGUCCUCCUCCGCCGCGGUCACGCCCGCGCCCAGGCCUCCCUCCACCGCCUCGGUCACGCCAGCGCCCGAGCCGUCCUCCGCCGCCACGGUCACGCCCGCCCCCGAGCCGUCGUCUGCCGCCACGGUCACGCCCGCGCCCAAACCGUCCUUCGCCGCCGCACUCGACGAGGAAGGGAGCGUGUUCGAAUCGCCGACCAUCUGCACGGUUUACGCGAGGCGCAGGACUACCGAGGUUGAGGCUGAGUUACGGAGCAACCCCACCAACACUAACAAGGGCAAGGAACCCGUCGGUGCUGCAGCCAGUUGCCCCCCUCUUGGGAAAUCUACGAGGAACAGCAGGAAAAAGGAUACUCGGCCCAUCUCUUCGUCAGCUCCUUGCCAUGAAGCUAAAAAGAAGCGGCCCCUUGCACCCAAGUUGCCAGAAGAAUUUGUGAAGAAGCAAAAAGCAUACUUUGCGGAUGUGGAUGCCUUUGAACUGGCAGAGGAAGAGGUAUCAGAAUCUGAGCUGGAGUGAAAACCGAGAGCUGAAGCUCCUCCUAUCUUAGAAUACGUGGCCUUUCAUGUACAUAAGUAGUUUACUAGAAUUACUUUUACUUUUAUGAUGGCUAAGGUAAAGUUAGCAAUGUAUAGCUAGCUUUGUUUGUAACACAGGGGGCAAACCUACCGGUGUACCUUGGCGAUCGCUGGACAACGACUCGGUAUAGGCAACUACUAACGUUAGUAUUGUGCAAACUAGUAGCUGUAGAAUAGAACUGCAGUGUGGUGCAGAAGGUACUCUUUGGCAUGUAGUUUUGCUUUAGCUUUAGGAAUGGGUUGUUUCUAUGCAAAUGGCGUAUUAUGCCCUUGAUCGAAA